UUCAUUCUGCUAGAGGAUGGAUGGGAAAUAUAAGCCUGGUGAUGCGGUGCCUCCACCAUCAGGCCAUUCUGAAGCUCUAAAUCCCUCGGACAGACCCCCUCGAAUCAGACCACGCUCUGUGGUUGAACGGAGGAUUCUCUACUCGGAAGGCAUCAGUACGUCUAAGUUCCAGUCCUGUCCAGCAGAGAUCCACCGGGGAGCCCAAGGUCAUUCCAAGUGCAGUGAUCUCAACACAACAAAAGCUUCAACUUCCAAGACUCCAGAUGACCACUGGCAGCUUUUUGAAUUCAAAUACCAUGGACUUAACUCACAGCAUUUACAAAAUCCUUACUUCUGCCAGGGUGGAACUAAACCCAAGGUUCAAAAACCCUACCAAACCGUUCCUGGACAGAUCCCCCGCAAGCUAACGAUAGAGAGACGUCGAAGGGAAUAUUUAAAGUUGGACAUUGAACAGCUUCUGGCAGAAAAAGGUAUUGACGCGAAUGUUCUAAUUCCAAGACAUCCAAGCAAUAGUUGUGAGCAUGUGACUACAACCGACAAUCCUGUAUCACCCUACCUCCCCCUGGAGAUAUUUGACAAUGAGGAGUACGACUGCCGGACCGCAGAAGACUGGCUUGCCCUCGGCAAAGCUGAGGGAUCGGUUAAUCCAAAACCCGUCCCUGCAAAAGCCCUGCUGCCUACAGAUGACGAUAUUCCCUCUGUGGACCCAAAAAGGUCCUCCUUGGGGUAUAGCUGGCAUUUGGUUGGGGUUCUUGACUUUAGUAAGGAGAUAUGCCAGUACCUGGUACAGAAAGUUCACCAGAACAGCAAACUGACAGAUGAAGAAGGAAACCUCGCUCUAAACAAAAGACAAAGAAAGAGCAAGUCUGCUGGAGGAAAUGCUAUGGUAGCAGGGGCUAAGUUCUGGGUACCCAGGAUCAGAUUGAUUUUCAGUGCUGAGGACCCACGAGUCUUUGUGGAACGGAUUGAGUUUGCACUGCACUUGCGGGAAAACGCAAAGGUCUUGAGUUUCUACCAUUCAUGUGUAGACUGCAUGCCCUUCUGCAGGGGAACACCAAGUAUUGAUUCACACACUCUCCAGCUUAUCAAAAGACAGGCCCUUUCAAUGCCUGUGCUCAGGCUGGAAAGUCUGGACAAGUGUGUAGAGGAUGUGGAGAAGUCGGUCAUACGUGACUAUGAGCGUACAAUGAACCGCAUGGUCUUGGACAAAGUGGUGAUUAGCCAGCCAGAGAAGUUUUCACACAUCACCGUGCCACUGAAGGACCCUGAGUACGUACCAACUCAAGGGCUGGUUCAAGUUCCUAGCUUUCCCUAUGAGAAGAACAAAGCUCUUCUUGUUCUGAAUUCCCUGCUAAUGCAGCCAGUGGUCUUCUCUGUAUUAUCUGCCGUACAGUCUGAGUGCAGCAAAUUAGAACCUAUGAGCCUGUUCGAUGUCGCCUCAGUCAAACCUUUACGGCUGGAAGAGUUUGAGCUUACCCAAUCUCAAUUGCAUACUCAGAUGAGCUUGUUUCUUAACAGGGCAUGGAUUUCCACAAUAGCCAACAGCAUCCGUUCCAGAAUGGUUGUUAUUGGCGAGGGCUGGUACAAUGUGAAUGAGUGUUGCUGGGUCGCGUGGACGUUUUCCAAGACUCGCAGACUGAUGUCUGUGGUGCACUCAAAGCUUCAGAACUCCCUGCACGUUCUCCUCCUGAAUUCGCUGGUCAGCUUGACCGAGCUGCUGUCAAAUGCUUGCCACAGUGUGCUGACAUGUCCUCAGGACCUGGCCUGGGGGAACGACCUCAUCACCAGCCCCUACAAGCCAAAAACGAACCCUGUUUUCAUGGUGGACUUGGUUCUGAAUGAGGCUGGGGUGCACUACAGCACUUCACCGGAGGAUUUUGAGACAUCAAUAAUCAACCUGUUUGAUAAGGCCAUCCUGGCCACACACAACGUACCACAGCCCGAUAAGUGGGUGAUGCGGGAGUUGUUAAUGGAUCCCAAUCAGAUGCUCAGCUCAAUUAAUCUUUGCGAACCAGAAGUGGUUGAACUGCGAGAGAAGGUCCGCAACUCUCUGGUUCAAGCAGCCAUACCUCUCAGGGCUUAUGCUGCUGAAUAUGAGAAAUACUUAGAGCUACACAACUUGGGCAUAGAGGCCCUGCUCAAACAUCAUACCAGCGCAGAACUGACAAUUCCAGAUUUGAAGAAAGUGGUGGAACAAAACCUCAAAGACAAGGAAACGCUUGAGUGCUCUCUUCCCUCCUCCAUCGUCAUUGGUCCGUUUGUUGUCAGCGUAGAGGCUGUACGUCGGGCUCUCUCUGACAAACAAGGGGAGUUGGCCAAUGCAUUGCGGGACCACCUUACUCUGAAGCUACGCAAACGGAUUGAUGAGGCAUGUGAGGAGUGCAACAAAAUAAAUAGAAAGCUAUUUGAAAGGGUCCACAACAUUGAGGAACUGACUGAAAAGAGGGAGUGGAUAGAGCUAAUCCCAGAACAGCUCAAGAGUUACCAGGAAGUUCUUGGCAAAAUCCUGUUGGACUAUAAACUAACAGAAGACAUUUGCCCGUGUCUUUCGAAUGAGGAUUUUAAUGAAAAGUGGACAGCUAUUGAAUGGCCUCAUCGGAUACUCAGCGAGAUGGGAUCAGCAGCCGUACAGGAUGCUAUAGACGAGGAUCACUUCAAUAUGAUUCAGCCAGUGGACGAGGACACAUUGUGGAGGGACAUCAAGACUCUCUAAAGGUCAGCUGGUCUAUAUUAUUACUAUAUUAUAUUACAUAUAUUACCUUUAAUCACUGCGCGUUAUGCUCCAUUA